AUGACGAGCUUCUCUUCCAUGUCCCUGUACGCCUUGACGGUGAAGCAGCCGACAGCGACACAGGACGCCAUUUCCGGCGACUUUCUUGGAAACGGCAAGCAGCAGAUUCUCACAGCGAGCGGCUCACGACUGGCUAUCCUCGAGGUCUCGCGGCGACAGAAGGGCUUCCAAGAGCUGUACUCGCAGGAUGUGUUUGGCAUCAUUCGUCGUAUAGCCAAGUUCAGGAUCGCAGGCGGCACCAAAGACCAUAUUGUCAUAACCACCGACUCCGGACGGUUAGUCACAUAUGAGUACAUGCCAGAUGAGCAUACCUUCAAGACCGUUCACUUCGAGACGUUCGGCAAGUCUGGAAUACGACGCGUAGUGCCGGGCGAGUAUCUAGCAGCCGACCCGAAAGGGCGCGCUAUCAUGAUCGCCUCGACGGAGAAGAACAAGCUUGUCUACAUUCUUACCCGAAGUGGCCAGACGGAUAUUGCCAUCUCCUCACCGCUAGAGGCACACAAGCCACAGACGUUGGUGUACUGCCUUAUUGGACUUGAUGUUGGAUAUGACAAUCCCAUGUUCGCUACAUUGGAGGUAGACUACUCCAACUCGGAGACUGACCCUACUGGUGAAGCCUACGAAGAGAUCAAGAAGGAGUUGGUAUACUACGAGCUGGACCUUGGUCUUAACCAUAUCGUCCGGAAGUGGUCGGAGCCAGUUGAUCGUACCGCCAAUACCCUCUUCCGGGUACCUGGAGGACCAAACGCUCCGAGCGGUGUUCUAUGCUGUGGAGAGGAUAGCAUCACAUACCGCCGCAUCUUCAACAACAAGUCAAGUGUGCACCGACUGGCCAUUCCACGCCGCGAAGGAGCCACUGAAGACCCAAAUCGCAAGCGCAUGAUCGUUGCUGGUACUCUAUACUCUCUCAAAGGCGGUGAUUUCUUCUACCUCCUACAAACAGAGGACGGUGAUGUCUUCAAGCUUACUGUAGAAGCCACCAGCGGUACCGUCGACAAGAUCAAGAUCAAAUACUUUGAUACCAUCCCCGUCGCGACGAGCAUUUGCAUUCUGAGGGCAGGCUUCGUGUACGCUGCCUGCGAAUCUGGAGACCGCAUCUUGUAUGAACUGGAGUCUUUGGGAGACGAGACGGAAGAUCCUGUUUUCGAGAGCGAUCAAUUCCCUGUCGACCCUGAGACCUCUUUCGCACCUCCCUUCUUCAAGCCUCGGGCGCUUGUCAACCUCACUGCAGUUGAGACGAUGCCCAGUCUCAAUCCGAUUAUGGGCAUGGAAGUUGCCAACCCUGCGCUGGAGGACGCGCCCCAAGUUUACACGAUCAACGGUGCCGGUGGCCGGAGUUCAUUCCGCACCACCAGGAACGCGCUGGAGGUUCUGGAUCUUAUUGAGUCGCCGUUGCCGCAGAACGCUUCCGACGUCUGGACUACGAAGCUGACCAGCGAAGACGAAACUGAUACACUUAUUGUCAUGUGUCUUCACAGCAGAACGCUCGUUCUCAAAAUUGGCGACGAUGUCGAGGAAGCUGCGAAUACCGGCUUUCUUCCAGACACCAACACGCUUGGUGUGCAACAGUUCGGUGAAGACUGUAUCAUCCAGAUCCAUCCUAAGGGUAUUCGUCACAUCCAGGGCAUCCAGUUCCCUAAUGACGAUGCAAGUGCGACGCACGCUAGUCUGACUGACUGGCAACCCCCAGCGCAUCGCACUAUCGUAGCUUGUGCCACGAACAACCGACAAGUUGCUAUAGCGCUAAGUUCCGGCCAAAUCCUGUACUUUGAAUGCGACGCAGAUGGAUCGCUUGCCAUGGCUGAGGAGGAGAUUGCUUUAGACAGCACUAUCAACUGUCUUGCAAUGCCUGAUGUACCUGAGGGUAGUGUGCGAGCUUUCUUCUUGGCUGUCGGGUGCAGCGACCAGACUGUCAGGAUUUUCAACUUGAGUCCUGACAUGGAAGGAAACAUCCUGCGAAGUAUCUCUGUCCAGGCCCUCACCUCACCGCCUAGUGACUUGACCAUCAACCUCAUGACGGACAAGUCUCCUCGUGGAUACAGCCAGUUCUUGCACAUCGGUCUACGAAGUGGUGUAUACAUCAGAUCGGUACUAGAUGAGAUGACUGGCGACAUUGGCGACACUCGGAGACGCUUCCUUGGGCCAGAGCCUAUCAAGUUUGCGAAGGUGACUGUUGCCCGCGAACCUGCUAUUAUUGCAAUGACCUCAAGGCCAUGGCUAGGUUACACUCAUCCUCGUACCGGAGUGUUGCAGCUGACACCGCUGAACUACAUUCCAUUCAAGUCCGCGUGGAACUUUGAUGGUUCCCAAUUCAAGGGAAUCAUCUGCGUCAGCGGCAACGAGCUACGAAUCUUCACCUUCAAUGACCUAACGGACAAUACGACUUACGAGAACAUACCACUCAAGUACACCCCAAGGAAGAUGGUCGGAUGGCACGACCAGGGUGUGUUCUACGUAAUCGAGAGCGACAACAACACUAUAAGUGCCGACAGACGCCAACAGCUUAUCGCACACGCCGGUGUCAAGAAGGAGGAUGAUGGCACCAACGGCUCGAUGGAAGUCGAGAACGCCAACGGUGGUGCAACGAAUGGCACCGACGAUAGCGACGAGCUUCCAGCAGUUGACUUUGGUUACCCAAGAGCUCAGGGCAGCUGGGCUUCUUGUAUCCAAGUUGUCGAUCCUGUGAGCGAAAAGACUGUCACCCACACCGUAGAGCUCAAUGGCAACCAGUCACUUGUCAGCGCCGCCUUGGUGUUCUUCGAGAGCCGUGGUGAGGAAGCAUUCUUGGUUGUUGGCACUGCCAAAGACUUGAGCUUCACUCCUUUCAAAUACACAUCUGCUUCUAUCCAGGUGUACAAGAUCAACCCCACCGGUCGUGAGCUGGAGUUCUUCCACGAGACUGAGGUCAGCGACCCGCCUCUAGCGCUACUUGCAUUCAAAGGAAAGCUCAUUGCUGGUGUCGGUCGCCAUCUGUGUCUCUACGACUGCGGUAUGAAGUCUGUCCUACGCAAGGCUCAGGCACCGAACUGUGUACCAACGCGCAUCACCGACCUCAAGACGCAAGGCAGCCGACUGGUUGUUUCCGAUCAGGCGCAGUCAGUAACGUAUGUCGUACACAAAGAUCAGGUCCACCCCAAUCGCCUGAUUCCCUUCGUCGAUGACACUAUUGCCCGCCACACCUCCGCAUCAGAGAUGCUGGACUACGACACCACAGUUGGUGGUGACAAGUUCGGCAACAUCUGGCUUGUGCGCUGCCCACAGAAGGUCUCCGAGUCUUCUGACGAGUCGCCUGAUGGUUCCGAUCUCCUAGUAGAUAAGGGCUACUUGGGUGGUACGCCGAACCGCCUCGACCUUAUCGCACACUACUUUACGAACGACAUUCCCGUCUCCAUUCAGAAGACUGUCCUACUAUCAGGUGGUGAACGCAUCAUCUUCUGGGCUGGUCUCCAGGGUACUCUUGGUGCACUUAUCCCCUUCAACUCCCGCCGACAGCACAAGAUGUUCCAACAACUGGAGCUACAACUUCGGUCAGACGACAAGCCACUGUCGGGUCGCGAUCAUCUCGCCUUCCGCAGCUACUUCGCGCCGGUCAAGAGCGUGAUCGAUGGUGAUCUCAUUGAGCGCUUCUUGGUACUGUCGCGCGACAAACGAGAGAGCAUCGCUGGCCAGAUGACAGGUGCAGAAUGGACACCCAGUAUGAUUGAUGAGGCGAUUUGGAACAUGAGAGGUCUUUAUGCUUUUUAG